UCAGGGUGUAAAUUGCCAAAAACAACCUUGACAUCCUUAUCCAUUAUGCCGAGGGGACACUGAAGUGAGAGAUUGUAGUGACUUAGACAGAUCUGUAAUACUACACAAGGAACGACACUGUUAGUGAUUGACAUAUCAACGAUCGCUAUUUAAAUCAAUAUAUUUUUGCAAUAAAUACAAUAAUUCAGAUCUCUCACAAUUAUAACAGCUGACGUACAAACAGGUCCUGAACUUCCUUUUCAACUAUAGAAGCACAGAAUUCACUUUAAAUUAAUUUCUGAAGAGUAACAUAGUGCAGGGAUGCCUGAAAGCGAAAGCAACAUCAGCAGCAACAGUUGCAGCAAUAGCAAUUCAGUUGCUUGUUUCGGACAGUAUCAAUACACAGCAAGUGAAUAUCAAGCAAUCCAGCAUGCUCUUCGUCAGAGGCUGGGUCCAGAAUAUAUCAGCAGUCGCCAGGCUGGAGGAGGACAAAAGGUCUGUUACAUUGAGGGUCACAAGGUAAUCAGUCUGGCCAAUGAGAUGUUUGGCUUCAAUGGCUGGGCUCAUUCAGUCACUCAGCAGAAUGUUGACUUCGUUGAUCUCAACAAUGGCAGGUUCUAUGUGGGGGUCUGUGCAUUUGUGAAGGUUCAGCUUAAGGAUGGGUCAUACCAUGAAGAUGUGGGGUAUGGAGUCAGUGAAGGCCUAAAGUCUAAGGCCUUGUCCCUAGAAAAGGCAAGAAAGGAGGCAGUAACAGAUGGACUGAAGAGGGCGCUCAAGUGCUUUGGGAAUGCUCUUGGGAACUGCAUCCUAGACAAAGACUACCUGCGAGCCGUGAAUAAGCUUCCACGUCAGAUACCUCCCGAGUUAGAUUUGAUCACAGCUAAAAGACAGGACUAUGAGCCUGAAAUAGAGAAAGCCAGAUACAAUAGCUGUGUGGACAGGCAGAACACAGGAGGGAGACAGCAUUGUGAGACGACAUCUACUUGUAAGCCUGGUCAGACAGAGGCUGCUGUAGGGACAGUAGAUCAGAAACAGCCAAAUAGUUCCAGGGGCAGAAGUACAGACCCCUCAGCUGUGGAGUGUGAUGCCACUUACCAGCGGAAACUGCGACAAAAGCAGCUACAGCAACAGUUCCGGGAGCAGAUGGAGAAAAAGAAUCAGGUUCCAGUUGUUACUCCUAGCAGCAAACAGGCAACAUCUGAUCCUCCUGUAAAGCACAGCACUCCAGCAGCAGUACAGCAGGAGCCAGCAAUAGAAGAGGAGUUCUUUGCAGAUGAUCCUGAACUUUGGGACAUUUCCUUGGAGAGCACCGAUCUUAAGAUAACGGGUCACAAAAUGGCAGACUUAGCAGCAGAACACCAGACACGUGAAACAUCCCAUGGACAUCAUCAAAUAACUACUCGUACCAGGACACCUCACAGAAUGAAUCACCACAAAGCUUCUGCUAGAUUUGCACAGCUGCAGCCACCUGCUACCUUUGUGAGCACCAGCAGUCAUGCCAACCAGCAUACCCCAGAACACAGCCCCUGCAGAAGUCAAAGCUUGAAGAAAAGGAGGCUAGAACCUACGUAAGACACCUGGUGAUACCCGAUUACCUCCAUACUGGAUUACAUCAGCAGAAUGCAGUUGGCUGUUCCAAAUUAUGUGAGGAAGCCUAAUGCAUUAGUGGAUUUUCCUGUACACAAUGGUGAAGCAACACAGAGGAGUUUAAUACGGCCAGUAAGGACUUAAUGUACUUUUAGGUCAUUACAUGUUCCAGAUGUCUUUUUCUAUAAACCAGCCAUCACUGGUGCUCCUGCAGCAUUAGGCUUGUGGCUGCAUGACAAGCUGACAUUAAAUGUCAUUUCAUGCAGCAGCAGGUUCAGCUGUGCCUGUGCAACAGGGCAGCUCAGGGGCAGGAGCACGCUGGGACCACUGCUGAGGAGUUACCUGUAGCACCUCCGACAGGGUUUGCUUGGAUCCACUGUAAAAUGAAUGAGAGCUGCACUUUUGUUUUUAAAUAAGCUUUCAACCCUUUUCAGUAUAAAAAUAAACAUAAAAUACACACCA